CGUUCUGUAAAUCACCAAUACCAUUGCAUAGCGAAAGAUUUCAUUUGAUUUAUUUGGGAUUGUAUUUUUAAACUGACAUGCAUUAUUAGCUUGUAAAAAGGGUUAAUACUUUUCCAAAUCGUAAUUGACUUAUUCACAAUUCUUUUUACCUUAUAUAAUUUUUGUUUUAACAAGAUCUAUUUUUCGUUAUAUUAGAUCUACACAAUAUACAUGUACAUCCUUUACCUUUUCCACUCUUUUAGUCUGUACACCACCAAUAAACACACAACCUCGCCUUACUGACCACCACAACCGUCUCGCUCACUACGGUCAAGAAUCGAUGAACAUUUCACGUUUCGUACCGUAAAAAAAACAUAAACGACCGAUAGUUGAUCGCGGCUCAGUCGGUCGCGAGUAUUUGCGCAUGCAAGAUCACGGUAAAUCUGUGUCAAAGAGCAAGUGAUUAAACAACUUUUUUGUUUCGCUACAUCAACGGUGCAACAGUGGUUUCUAGUUGAUGCUUUCCGCGGUAACAGAUAUCAGCUAAUUCCACCAUGACGCAAGCUGUUAAUGCCGGCUGGAAGCUGGAUAGUGAUGAUAGAGCGUGCUAUAUCGAGGUGGAUGAGAAUGAAGCGUACGAGAACGAUACCGUUGCCCGGUCGGAUGAGAACGAUUCCAAAAAUGAUGACCCAGACCAUGGCUGGACGCAGUGGAGUAAUUUACCGGAUCAUAUUCUCGAGCGCAUCUUCUCCCAUCUCACCAUCAAGGAGCGAUACUACGCGAGCCUGACCUGCUACGGAUGGUACAGAGCGUUCUACCUGCCGCACGUGUGGUCUAACUUUCUGGUCGAGGAUGCGACGCUCGGUCGGAUGCGAUACAACUACUAUUCCGGCUGGCAGCCCGUACUCGAUCACUCGCGCCUCCAGAGCUGUCUCCUAUCCGUGGGCCAUCUCAUACGCGGGCUUGACUUUCGGCCGCAAGUCAGCUUCAACAACAUGUUCCAGUUCAUGUCGCUCAUCUCGUGGGCGAUGGAGCAGAACGCACGGACGAGCGGGUGUCCCCGCGAAUGGGUCGGCUGUGGUUCGCGGAUCCGUUCGCUCAAUUACCUGUUCCCGUGCAAUAUGGCCCUCAGCGAGGAUCCCGAGUCAAUCAAGCUGUUCGGCACGGGCGGUCAGUUGCUGGCCGCUCUCAAGCGGCUCAUGCUUUGCCUUACCAACCUGCAAUCGCUCUCACUGGUUGACCUUAUACUGGAACGGUACGAAGCGAACCAUCUGCUGGACGAGGUGCUCGAAUCGUGCUGUCUGGUGCUGCGCCGUCUCUGCCUCGUCAACGUUACCUCACACCACUGUCCCAUCAUGCACAUUGGACUGUUUCUCAAUCUACAGAUACUGGAAGUCUCUCCGCAAAAUGUUGACGACGACGUACUGACACUGUUAGCUGAUUCCAAGGUGAAACAUCUCACCCUGCUGCAGAAUCGCUACACGCCGCCUGCGCUAGCCAUCAGUCCGUGCUCCGCGAAGGCUUGGCUGACGGUACGACGGGAUAACCCGAAGCUGCGGGUUCACCUGCGCGUCGAGUCCACCACCAACGCGGUGAUUCUGCUGCAGCCCGAGGCACCAGUCGCCAGCAUGAUUUAUCAGACGCCCAAAACAAUGAUUACUUCCGACCAGCUGGUAGCGGCCGUCGAUGCUUACAAGUACACGCUGACCGUUUAUGGGCAUGAACAGCUGCCGGCGGUAGAGUCACCACUGGACGGUGAGUUUCAGGAACGGCCGGAUAGUUUGUUGGUACUGCUCGCCCGCUCCUGCCCGGGACUGAAUGCACUGAUGGUACGUGAAUGCAUCUCAACCGCCACGAUUCUAUUGAUUGCUAAAUCGGCUCAAAACCUGCGUCAUCUCUACAUCAACCGGGCACAGGUCAGGCUCGGCUGUGAUUGGCCCCGAAGUCCCGACUGGACGGAUGAGUUUUACGCGUGGUUACAGACAACGUCCGGAUCGCUGGAAGCUACCGAACGGGAGGUGUCCCGCAUACUAGACCAUCCUUACUGGCAUCUGCUAUCCGUGGAACAGUUCCAGAUGGCUUCACUAAUGCGACAUGUAGCUUUUUGAGGUGGCAUCAUACCAUUUCUGCUGUUACAGUAUACGGGUGCUGGACACCAAUUACCGCCAAACACGCCGAGGGGAGGGGAGGGAAAGAACACGAAAAAGCAAAAAAGAAAUUGUACGAAAAAUUACCCACCCUUUUACACUGUUUCGCUCCUUUCAUGCCACCUACAAACCGUGGUGGCGAAAGAGUUUUUAAUUAAUCAAAAAUAAUUGAACAAUUUUUCUUCCCAACCACGGGAUCGAAAGCAUGAAGUCGAAAUGGCGCACAAAUGCGGGAGAGAAAUUAUAUUAUCCGCAUUAAAUAAUUAUGCUGUUCAGCUUUUUCUCCACCAGCUACGGAUGAACCGUACAAGGAUGUCCGGAUGUCCUAGCGGGGUUUUUUUUUUGUUCAACCCAUCGGUCAAACAUUAGUCACACGCUGCGGUACUGUCGAUGAAACGGUGAAGGGUGAAAAUUCUUCAAACUAGAAAAACACUCGUGCGCACACACACACACACGAUGGCCAGUUAGUACCGUACGGUCGGUACAAUCCCCGGCUAGCCGUCGAUGGUGCAAAUUAUCCUAAAAACUUUUCCGGCUUCAUUAUUCACGACACUUGCCACCUACUGGUACCGAAGCUCGGUAGGGAAACGAUACACACGCGAGCAUAUUAAAACAAGGUGCAAUGAAAAAUGCAUUCAUGUCAGCAAAACUUUUGUUGGUGCAAACAUUGGUUCCCCUCGAAUAAGGAUUCGUUAGAAUCGUCUCAUGCCACACCGGACAAACGUCCAUCGAUUCUCCCAUCCUACCCGAGCGACAAGGGUAAAGAGAAAACUACUUUUCCUAGAAACACAAACACACACAUACACACAAAUAAGGGAAAGAUUUUCGCUGUCGGUAAAACUUUAUCAUUUGGGGCCAAAAUUCGUCAGGCACUUGAGCUACGCCACCGACCGGGAAACUAAUUGCUAACUAUUCAAUAAAAUUUUACUAUCACAAACACA